AUAAAAAUAAGAAUUAUUGAAGCUAUUGUCACCACAUAUAACAAUGGGAAUUAAUAGAUGACAAAUUGCAAAUCUUGGUUGUUUACCUAAUAAUGUUGCAACAAUAGCCAAGUUGCUAUUUGAAAUCAAAUAUUUUCUUGAAUUCAUAAUAAAAUCAAGUGUAUGUAGAAACAGUGAAAAUAUAGUGGAGUCGAGAUUAUUAGAAAACCUACUUCUGAGUCAUCCUUGCUUCUGAUGUAGUCUAGCUUUUAAAGAGAUUAGAGCACUGCACGUAAGUUCAUCUAAUUAGUCAUAGUUAACCGUUCGUAAUGUUACGUUUUGAAAAGUUAAUCGAAACAGAAUUUAUUAAAAUGCCUCUUAGAACUACUUUUGAGUUAUCUAUUUACGUAGUUUUCUUGUGGAUAAUGAAUUAUCGGAAUUUCACAGCAGUAGUUAUUUAGUUUCAUAUGCUAUAUGUCUUUGUCCGCAAAAAUUAAUGAUUUUCUAACGGUAUGUGUGUGCGUAUAUGUGUUAUGUACUAGCUUUUUCCCUUCGAGACUAAUAUAAUAUAAACGUUAUAAAUAUGUAUGGCGUUGUUAAACAAAUUUAAAUGCACACACAUUUAUAUAUAAACUUGAACUCAAAGCGAUACAUACAUUUGUAGUUGAAACAACUACUAGAAUCAAUGUGCUGACGGUUACCAUAUUAGAACGGACUUGAUUUUAUAUCCGGACGAAGGCUGUCAAAUCGCCAACAUUUCCUCUAAUUUAUUUGUGGAUUAGUUUCUGCCGCUAUUACUACAACAGUAUUGUGUUCACAUAAGCUAUUCCCUUCUCCUCAAAAAGUAUUUAUUUCUAUUUCUUAGGACUCCAAUUCAUAUAAACCGAUAAAAAUGUACGAAUGUAUAUUCACACAUAGAUAGAUAGAUCUAUCUAUAUAUCUCUAUAUCUUAUAGAUCUAUCUAUCUAUCUAUGUCGUAUGAAAAUUCUUUGAAUGUUGCAAAAAUACUAAAAAAAACAAAAAAAUACGUAAACUUCGGCCCUAAAAGUGUACAAAAAUAUCUUUGGCUUGAUUUUGAUCCCUUAGUUUGUUUGAAGCGAUAUCCUAUAAUGGUCCGAUAUCGGCGGUUUCGAUAAAUGAGUACCAUCUUGAGGAGGAAAGAACGUGUGCAAACUUCCAGAUCGAUAUCUCAAAAACUGAGGUAGUUCGCGUAUAUGCAGACAGACGGACAUGGAUAAAUUGACUCAGCUUGUCACGGUGAUCAUUUAUAUAUACCCUUUAUAGGAUUUUCUUAUGGGUGUUACUAACUCCAUGGCAAACGUUAUAUACCCCGUUCUGGGUAUAAUUAUAUGUUGUAUUAUUAUUAAGUGAAGUUUUAUAACAAUAUAUCUAAAUAUAUAUAAAAGAGAACCACAAAUAUGGUAUAUAUAUAUAUUUGCAUCUACAUAUAUAUGUAUGUCGUAUUCAAUCAAUUCCACCAAUGAGCCUAUCAAAGUUUAAAAAAUAUAUGCAGUAUUUCAUAUUGAAUGGUCACAAUAACAAUUGUUUCAAUAUUAUCUAAAAUACCAAUUCUUAAUGCCGUUCGAAGCGACUACUAUUGCGUCUCGGUAUAAACAGUUUGAAGUCUAUAAUUAGCGAUAACGCCGUAUCUGUAGGCUUUUGAUUAGAUGUUAAAUGUAAUUGGAUUCGAGGGAGGCACUUAUAAAAGAGAUUAGUUGUUAAAUGCAGUUUAGUUUUCAUUUUAAUCUACUUUGAAUGUGAAUUGUUGCAAUCGGCAACAGUUAACUGCACAUAUUCGCAACAUAUAUAUAUAUAUAUAGACAUACUGAAAUACUGCUGAAUUGUUCAUUAGGUAUGUCGGUAAAUAGCACAAUAGUCUACACAAACUUGUUUUUAAAGUUGAUUGUGCAACUGGGUAAUUUACUCGGAGAAUAACUACUUAAAAAUUUACCAAACUCGUUCUAUAAAGUAUAGUAUAAAAUAUUUUCGUUCUGUGUUGUUUGUAUGACAUCUCGUUCGUCUUUUAAGAUAUAAGAUUUAGGACGUCUUUAUGUUGAAAGCGUGGCUGGUUAAGUCGGAAACUUUCGUCGGGUGCGACGAUUGCUACUAAAAUCAUUAUCUGACGUGGAUUAGUAUCGAAAUCUUUUGAAUGUAAGGGACGCGCAGUUGUUCUGUGACUUACGCAGAUAACGGACGCCACUUUUUUUGCCUUAUCCGCCGAAGGCUACAGACCAUCUAAUACCUCUUUUCCUACUGCCUGCCCUGUGGAACGAAAGUCGAAUAUUUCAAAAAUAAGAGCCAAAGCUGAGUAGGCACACUCUGAAAUUUUCUCUUCACUUGACGAAAUAAAACUAUUGCAUGUGAACAUAUUUUAAUUUUAAGUCUGCGAGUUCUAGUUUAAAGAAAAUUAAAAAAAAGAAAAAAGAUGUGUUGUGAAGCUUGUAGCGUCACUCAGCGGAAAGCAUGGGUUUUUGGCUUUGGCACUUUCUUCACCGCUAUCGGCAUCGCUCUGCUUAUAUUUUGGAAGGACAUCGCUGAUAAUAUUAUGAAAAAGAAUUUGGUAAUUAAAGUUGGUUCAGAAGGCUAUAACAAUUGGGUGGAAGCACCCAUUCCAAUUUAUUUGGAAUUUCAUUUGUUUAACUGGAGUAAUCCUGAAGAGAUAAGAAACCCGAACGUCAAACCCCAUUUUGUGGAAAUGGGACCAUAUGUUUUUCUUGAGAAGCACUUGAAACAAAAUAUUACGUUUUUCGAAAACAAUACAGUGUCGUACUUUCAAAAACGAACCUGGUUUUUCGAUGAGCAGCGAUCUGGCGGUUCUUUGGAUGACAUGGUGACAGCUGCUCAUGUGAUUACAGCGACUGUUGCUGAUCAGACAAGACAUAGAAACAAGUUGAUCAAAAAAGUGGUUAAUUUCAUGCUGAAUCGUGAGGGCGGUGAGCUCUACACAACGAAAACAGUGCGCGAGUGGAUCUUUGAAGGUUACAAGGAUAGGCUUAUCGAUUUUUUAAACCUUUUCAAUACAACAAAAAUAAAGAUACCAUACACUCGCUUUGGCUGGUUAGUUGACCGCAAUGGUUCAGCCGAAUAUGACGGCCUAUUCACAAUACAUACUGGUGUCGAUGAUAUGGCUAAUUUGGGUCGCUUGACGCAUUGGAACAUGAAGAAUGAGACGGGCUUUUAUGAGACACCAUGUGGCACCGUUAAUGGCACCACCGGUGAUCUAUUUCCACCGAAUUUAAGCUCUAAGCAAGAAAUAACCAUCUUUGCCACAGACGCGUGCCGUUACAUGAAUUUGGCACCAAAUGGUACUGUAGAAAAAUACGGCUUAACAGCAUACAAUUGGGUAGGGACGACGGAGACGCUUGAUUCUGGUGAAAAUUAUCCAAAUCAGAAAUGUUUUUGCGAUCCAAACUUCGACGAAUGCCCGAAAACCGGAGUUGUGGAGUGUAAAAAAUGCCGGAACAAUGCACCAAUUUAUGCCUCUUUUCCACACUUUCAUUUGGCUGAUCGUAGUUAUCUAGACGCAGUAUCAGGAUUAGAACCGGAUUCUAAUAAGCAUAGUUUCAACUUGGCAAUAGAACCAAUCACUGGCGUACCUCUCCAAGUAAAUGGACGUUUGCAAAUCAAUAUGAUGAUCGAACCUGAUAAUGACUUCGACAUUUAUCGUGGCGUACCAAAAUUCCUGAUGCCGAUGUUUUGGUUCAAUCAAAUAGCUGUAUUAGAUGAGAGAUUAGCUAGUAGAACGAAGCUUGUAAUCAAUUUGGGAGAUUAUGGGUUCUAUACCGGAAUUGUUUUAUUAACAAUUGGAGCAAUCUUCUUUAUUGUUGCUAUAGUUUUGACAAUGACAAAGCGAUGGAAGCGCAUACCUAAUGAUGAUGAGGACAUGCUUACGAAUUAGGCAUUAUUAUCGAUUAUUAAAAGUAUAAACUAAACAAAAAAUUUUAUAGUAUCUUCUAUUGUACAAAGUCACGUUAACAGUAGCCAAAGUGCCAGCAGUUAUUCCGGCUGCGAAAACAAGUCUGUGAAUAUAUGCAUGCUAUACUUAUAACAAUUUACUUUGCAAUUAUAUUAAAUUAUGUAUUGUAAAACGCUGAGUUGUGCUUAUAUAUAUUUUUUUAAUAUGCAA